AUGCAGAGGGAAGAGAAGCAGUUGGAGGCAUCAGUGGAUGUACUGCUGAAUCAAGUGGCGGGUCUGAAAAGCUCCUUGGGAAGCUUAAUUUGCAAGCUGGAGAACGAGUAUGAUCAGCUUACCUGGCCCUCAGUCCUGGACAGCUUCGCUCUGCUCUCUGGACAGCUAAACACUCUCAACAAGGUCCUCAAGCACGAGAAGACCCCAUUACUCCGGAACCAGGUCAUCAUUCCUCUGGUGCUGUCGCUAGACCAUGAUGAGGAGCUCACGCGGCAGACAGAGGGACGGGUUCCUGUCUUCAGUCACGAGGUGGUCCCUCACCACCUGAGAACCAAGCCAGACCCAGAGGUGGAGGAUCAGGAGAAGCAGCUGGCCACAGAUGCAGCACGCAUCAGCACCUAUGCAGCCCAGAAGCAGAUUCGUACCUUGAAUAAAAUGUGCUCACACAUACUGGAGAAAAUCAGCAAAAAAGAGCAAGAAUCAGAAAGUGGAGGUCUCCGUCAGAAUAAGCAGACCUUUAACCCCACAGACACCAAUGACCUGGUCGCUGCAGUUGCCUUUGGUAAGGGUCUGUCCAACUGGAGGCCUCCAGGAAAAAGUGGCCCCGGCCAGCCAGGCCAGCCUAAGGAACAGGCCCUCCUAGCUGGAGCAUCAGGCAUGCAGCAAUUUCAGAUGACAGGCACUCCCAGUCAGCAACAGAGCACUCUGAUCAGUGGAGUACAGAUCCCACAAGCUGGACAGCCAGGUAAGAUGCCAAAGGCCAUGAAAAACAAGUUCAAAUCAGUUUCAGUGCACCCCUACCAGCAGUAA